UCAAAAGGCGAUGUCGUGUCUUCUUGGGCAGGCGCUCAAGAUAAUAAGCGCAAGAAGGCUCUAGUUUGCGGCGAUUUUUCAAGAGAGCGCAAGCAAGGUAGAGAGAAUUUGAUCUUAAGAAAAUGGCUUCCAUGGCAUCACCGAGCUCAUGUUUCUUUUAUAAGAAGCAUAAUAAGGGCUACAACGGUUCUGCUCUUCCCCGAAUAAGCCUUUGUCAGUCUCAGCCGCCCGACAACAAAUCCACCACCGAUCAAAAUAGUCGAAGGGCAAUAAUACUGCGGAGCAGCGAAUUAGCAGUAGUUGGGGCCAUAUUCAACUUCAGCGGGAAAAAACCUGAAUAUUUAGGUGUACAGAAAAAUCAAGCGACGUUAGCGCUGUGUCCGGCUACAAAGAACUGCAUAUCAACGGCGGAGAAUGUCAGCGAUCUCAUUCACUAUGUCCCACCUUGGAAUUAUAACCGUGGUAGGAAGAACGCCGUUACCAAAGAAGUGGCAAUGGAGGAGCUUCUUCAAGUGGUAGAAUCAACAAAAGCAGACAGAUUUACCCCGCGAAUUGUGGAAAAGAAGGAUGAUUAUGUUCAUGUGGAAUAUGAAAGUCCGAUCUUAGGGUUAGUGGACGAUGUUGAGUUCUGGUUUCCGCCAGGAAAGGAAUCGAUUGUGGAAUAUAGGGCUGCAUCACGACUGGGGAACUUUGAUUUUGAUUACAAUAGAAAACGCAUUAAGGCGUUGCGACUAGAACUGGAGAAAAAGGGCUGGGCUCCAGAAGACACCUUUUGAAGGGAAGGACAGACCUUUUUCAAGAACAAAGAUAUUACUAAUCAUUCAACCGACUUUGCUCAAUGCUUGAUUUAUAUACGAAUAGGAAAAAGAAAAGAGAAAACAUGAUGGAAGAUUAUAUAAAUGUUAGAUGACAUUUUUCUGAUAUAUAGUUCAACAUCUGUUUCAUGA